AUGGCCAAACGAAUCCGCCUCGGUAUCCUCACCCCCUCCUCAAACACAAGCCUCGAACCACUCACGCAAUCCAUCAUCUCGCAACUCCCCAACGUCAGCGUGCACUUUUCGCGCUUCACCGUGCUCAAAAUCAGCCUUGAGAACGACGCGCUCGCCCAAUUCCAGAAUGAGAAGAUCAUAGAAGCCGCCAAGCUACUGGCUGAUGCGCACGUCGACAUGAUUGGUUGGAGCGGCACGUCGUCUGGCUGGCUCGGGUUUGAGGCAGAUGAGAAACUCUGCGAGGAAAUUACUGCGGCCACGGGGAUACCAUCCACCACAUCUGUACUUGCGCUCAAUCGCGCGUUGGAGGCUUUGGGAGAGAAAGAAUUGGGACUAGUGACACCGUAUAAGGACGACGUGCAAGAAGCCAUUAUCAAGACCUAUGCCACCAUCGGCGUCGACUGCAGCAAGGAACGCCAUCUAGGUCUAUUUACAAACAGCCAUUUUGCAGACGUGACAGAGUCUACGUUGGAUGAUAUGGUUGCUGCUGUUGCCGCGAAGGAUGUCAAAGCGAUUUCGACAUUUUGUACGAAUCUGUAUGCAGCGCAGAGAGGCGCGGUUUGGGAGGAGAAGUAUGGGAUUAUUUUGCUGGAUACGGUUGUUACAGUUAUCUGGGAGAUGUUGCAGCGUUGCGGGGUGGAUAGUAGUCAGAUUAAGGGAUGGGGACGGUUGUUCUCAGUUCCUCUCAAGUCUGAGAAAUGA